AAAACCACAUACAAUAUGGUGAAAGUUGAUAUCAAAUACACAAAGUUGUUCAUCAACAACGAAUGGGUGGACUCCGUAAGCAAGAAGACUUUCCCCACAAUCAACCCUCAAGAUGAGUCUAUCAUCACACAGGUGGCUGAAGGCGACAAGGCUGACGUGGACCUUGCAGUCGAAGCCGCAAAGAAGGCAUUCCACCGUUAUUCCGAAUGGCGCACCCUAGACGCUUCCCAAAGAGGUCGCCUUCUUUACAAAUUGGCUGAUCUCAUGGAAAGAGAUGCGAAGUACCUUGGAGAACUGGAGACCCUGGACUGUGGAAAACCAGUGAAACAGGCUGAAGGAGAAGUAGUCUGGGCUGCUAGUGUGAUCAGGUUCUAUGCUGGAAAGGCCGACAAGAUAUUGGGCAAUACUAUCCCUGCUGAUGGUGAAGUCAUUUCUAUGACGAUGAAGGAGCCCGUUGGCAUUUGUGGUCAAAUUCUGCCAUGGAAUUACCCAAUCCCCAUGUUUGUGUGGAAGAUCGGCCCUGCUUUGGCUGCUGGCUGCACUGUCGUUGUAAAGCCCGCGGAGCAAACUCCACUAACUGCUCUUGCUGUAGCUGCGUUGGUAAAGGAAGCCGGCUUCCCACCAGGCGUUGUAAAUGUUAUUCCUGGUUAUGGUCCUACAGCCGGAGCUGCGCUUACUCACCACCCUGAUGUUGAUAAAAUCGCUUUCACUGGAUCUACUGAGAUUGGUCGCAUUAUCAUGCAAGUAGCAUCCGCCGUGAACCUCAAGCGAGUCACCCUCGAGCUUGGCGGCAAGAGCCCCUUGGUUAUUUUUAAUGAUGCUGAUGUGGACAUGGCUGCCGAUCUCGCUCACCGAGCUGCUUUUGCCAAUGCUGGUCAGUGUUGCGUGGCUGCAACCAGGACUUACGUCCAGUCUGGAAUCUAUGACAAGUUCGUCGCUAAAGCUGCUGAAAUCGCUAAGAAGAGGACUGUUGGCAACCCUUUUGAAGACGUUCAACAAGGCGCACAGAUUGACGAUGAGAUGUUCAACAAAGUGAUGGGAUAUAUCCAGUCUGGCAAGAAAGAGGGCGCCAAGUGUGUAGCUGGUGGUGCCCGUCACGGUACUGUUGGCUACUUUGUUCAGCCCACGGUCUUCGCUGAUGUCAAGGAUAACAUGAAAAUCGCUAGGGAAGAGAUCUUCGGCCCUGUCCAAAGCAUCCUCAAAUUCGAAAACUUUGAUGAGGUAGUGGAUCGCGCCAACGACUCUAACUACGGCUUGGGAGCUGGUGUAGUCACCAACGACGUCACUACUGCCCUUGCCUUCAUUAAACACGCCCGUGCUGGAAGUGUUUGGGUCAACACGUACGAACAUGUCACUCCACAAACUCCAUUUGGAGGAUUCAGAGAAUCUGGCAUCGGACGCGAGAUGGGUGAAGACGGCAUUCAGCAGUACUUGGAAAACAAAACCGUGACGUUCAAACUGCCCAAAAAGCCCCAGCUUUAAAUUGCAAGGGCGAAAUGACCAAGCAUUUUAUACCAAAAAUUUUAUUUGAACCACUAUGAUGCCAUAUGACUUGUUUAAUUAAUUUCACACAUUUAAUAGUCAUCUAUUAUUGCACUAAAU